UAAUUUAAUUAUCAGUGCUUUAUGUUUAGGGUUCGUAAAUCUCAACUAUUGGUUCUAAAUUCUUAGAUUGUGAAACAUCAUAACCAAAAUUAUGAGCCUAAUCUGAUUAUUGAAUCAAAUAUCCCUAAAACUAUGUAUUUUUCGAGAUAAUUGAAUAUGAAAUUAGAUCUCUUUUCCCUCCUGCCCUGCUUCAGGGACGGGCCUGUGAAUUAUUGAUUGUUGAUAUGGAAAAUGGAGAUCAGGAUGUUGAUGUUGGAACUUGGUUUUCCAAUUUGCUACAUGAUCAAUGGGUGACAGUUCCUGUUGCCGGUCGUCGACCGCCGGGUCGCUAUAAGCAUGCUGCAGCAGUUGCCGGGCAAAGGCUUUUCAUUUCUGGUGGUAGUCGUAACGGUCGCCACUUGUCAGAUAUUCAGGUUUUAGAUUUUACAAAUACUACAUGGUUGUCGCUGAAGCUUCCUGCUGCCCCAGCUGCAGCUAAAUCUGAAAAUGAUAGCUUGGUACAAGUCUUCCCAGCCACCUCAGGUCACCAUAUGAUUGUUUGGGGACAGAAGUUGCUACUACUUGAUGGGCAUUCAAAAUAUUCUAGUUGUGUAACAGUACGAUUUUUGGAUCUAGAGAAGCAACAAUGUGGUGUUAUGGAGACUAUUGGAGAAAUUCCGGUUGCUCGAGAAGGAGAGUCAGUCACACUGGUUGGCUCAAAAUUGAUAGUGUUUGGUGGUGAAGAUAUCCACCGGAAACUUCUAAAUGAUAUAUAUAUUCUCGACCUUGACACAAUGACUUGGAAUAAAGUUGAAGCUACGCAGAAUCCGCCUUCUCCAAGAUAUGAUCAUGCAGCUGCUGUACAUGCUGAACGUUACCUCCUGGUAUUUGGCGGAUGUUCUCAUUCAACUUGCUUCAAUGAUUUAUACGUGCUAGACUUGGAAACAAUGGAGUGGUCUCAACCCGAGACUCGAGGUGAUUAUGUAUCUCCCCGAGCUGGACAUUCUGGUAUUACGGUGCAUGGAAACUGGUAUAUAGUUGGUGGUGGAGACAAUAAAAACGGAGCCCUCAAUACACUAGUCUUAGAUAUGACCAAGCUUGUUUGGUCAGUGGUAACUACGGUGAAACCAAGAGAUCCACUUGCCAGUGAGGGAAUCAGCAUCUGCUUAGCUCACAUUCAUGGGGACCAAUAUUUAGUUGCUUUUGGUGGAUAUAAUGGAAAUUAUAACAAUGAGGUACUUGUUAUGAGACCUAAACUGAACGACUCUGCACGUCCUAAAAUGUACCUGUCCCCUGCCGCAGCUGCAGCAGCAGCAUCCGUUGCUGCAGCUUAUUCUAUUGGUUCAGGGAAGCAGUUGGAUUCAACCAAGACAGAGAACACUGAAGUAGAAGGUGCAGGUCAAAAGCAGGAUGGUUUUUCUGGUACGACUAGUGUUAAAGAUGCAAAAAGACUCUUGGAAUUGUCACUUGCUGAAGUUAGAGAAGAAAACUCUAAGCUGAAGGGAAAGAUGGAUGAAAUUAACAGUAACCAUGAAGAAUUAUCCAAGGAACUUGCUUCUGUUCAAGGUCAGUUGAUAUCAGAGAGAUCAAGAUGUUUCAAGUUGGAGGCACAGACAGCAGAAUUACAAGGCAUGUUGGAAUCACUCCCUUCUGUAGAGGCUGAAGUGCAAUCACUAAGAAAAGAAAAAUUCUUCACUGAACAGGUUGAGCACAAUACAUCAGUACAGAGACAAGGUUCGCGGGGUGUUUGGCAAUGGUUUUCUGGUGGUGAAAGCAGUCCUUGAGAGUUCACUAAAUAUUUCAACUCUAAAUGUAUUGCAGUUUUGGUAGCUUUCUGUUCUGAAAUGGCAGUCGUCGUCGUUUUUUUUUUCCUAGCAGCAACUAUGCAUUGCUUUAGCUGAAAAUUUGGCAAUGUUACAUAAGUUAAUUGAUUGUACUUGGCACUGUUUUAGAUGAGACAUAAGAGUCAUUGCCUCGUCCUAGCUCUUAUUGUCGCUUCUUUUUUAAUGUGAAAUGUGGACUGAAAAUUGUACAAUUAUUCUUCAAUUUUUUUGUGCAAUUAACAAUUGUACUUCAUUUCUAUUAUCCAUGCACAAGUUCUCUAUC